AUGCAUAAUCAUGGUCUUUUCGCAUUGCAUGGCCUGCAGCUUUUUCGCGACAAUGUGCAAGCCGUCAGUUCAGGGCGGCCGAUGGCAAACCGCACAGACCCUGAUGCGGAUACUGUCCACGGAGCAAAUCCUCAGUUCCUGGUAGAUCGGAUUGUGCGGGUGAAGAUCUACAAUGAUGCAUACUGGAAGGAAUACUGCUUUGGUCUUACCACAGAGUCGCUGAUUGACGAGGCGGCGAAGCUAGACUAUGUCGCUGGAACUUACGGUGGACGGCGCCGGCCAUCGAGGUUUCUGUGCCUUUUUCUGAAGCUGUUGCAGAUUCAGCCGCAGGAG